CUCACAUUUGGUGUCCUAGAAUUGCUGAGUGCAUCUCUGAUGGCACUUUGCGUUUUGGUCCAAGAAAGAGUCCAUCCAUGGCAGGGCAGGGGCACAGGGUGCUUUCCUGCCUGGUAAAGCUAAUGGUGGUGUUUCAAUGUCUCCUCCUUGGGGUCUAGAACAGCCACUCAUCCCCAUUUUCUUGAGGCGAGUUUGGCUGUUGAAGGUGGCCACGGCCUCUGAAAGUUAUUCGCAGACUUAGGGCCAUAAUGUCAUUCAGUGAUUGAUGCCUGAUCCCAUGAGGGGUUUUGGUCAUUUUUGUGUUUAGGUUGAUCCACAGUUAUUUACCUGGCUGUUAAGGCUGACAGGAUUUCGUGGUUGUCUCCAUCCCCAAGGCUACGUGGAUGCCCUUCCUGGGAGCACAUCUCCAGGGUCCUCUGGGGAAUAGUGGAGCCAACUUCAGGACCGACUGAUCAUGACUUCCAUAAAGGAGCAGGCAGCAAUUAGCCGGCUCUUGAGUUUUUUACAAGAUUGGGACAAUGCUGGCAAAGUCGCAAGGAACCACAUCCUCAACAAUUUCAUUGAAACCAACCAAGGCAAGACUGCCCCUGAACUGGAGCAGGAGUUUUCCCAGGGAGCCAGCUUGUUCCUGGUGCGCUUGACCACCUGGCUGAGACUCACCUACAUGACUGGCUCAUGUUUAGAUAAGCUUCUGAGGUCCAUUGGCAUCUUCUUGUCAGCCGUAAGCAGUAAUCGCUACCUUAUAGAAUUUCUUGAGGUUGGAGGCGUCCUAACGCUCUUGGAAAUACUUGGACUGGAGAAGAUCAAGGAGGAGGACAAGAAGGAAUCCAUCAGGCUACUUCAGGUUAUCGCAAACUCUGGCAGGAAGUACAAGGAGCUCAUUUGUGAAAGCUAUGGUGUACGAUCCAUAGCAGAAUUUUUGGCAAAGUCUAAAUCAGAAGAGGCCCAGGAAGAAGUGCAAGUUCUGUUGGAUUCUUUGGUCCACGGUAAUCCCAAGUACCAGAAUCAAGUGCACAAAGGUCUAAUAGCUUUGCUGCCCUGUGCGUCCCCAAAAGCUCAGCAGCUGUCCCUGCAGACUCUCAGGACUGCCCAGUCAAUCAUUGGAACCACACAUCCCAGCAUCGUGGACUGCGUGCUGAAGGUGCUGCGCACGAUGCACCUGGAAGUCCAAUAUGAAGCCAUCGCGCUGAUCAAGGACCUGGUCAACUACGACGUGUGCCCGGCGCUGCUCAGAGGCCUCGUGGCGCUGCUGACCCCGUCGGUCAAGGAGACCAGCAAACUGCAGCCCAAGAUCCUCCACGACUCCUCGGUUCUCCAGCUCACCGCCCACCUGCCCGUGUUCUUGCAGCAGGCCGCGGCCGCCAAGGCCAUCGGGGUCCUGGCGCGCAGCAACACGAGCCUCGCCGAGGAGCUGCUGCACCUGCGCGUGGUGCACAGCCUGAUGGCCGCCAUGGGCAACACGGACCACAGCAACAGCCAGCGGCAGGCCAGCCUCACGCUGGAGUACUUCGUGCAGACGUUCCCGGUCGUGGAGGAGCACGUGCGCAGGUCCCUGGGGGACGAGCUCUACCAGCUCUUCCGCAGCAACGCCGGGGACUUAUACAUGAAAAUAGAUAGCAUUCAGGCUGACAUCUUGGCUGCCAACACAGUCAAUGUGACCAGAGCAUUACACCUCAGCGAGGCCUCUUACCGCAGCGCGAGCUGCUCCUCUGGCCCUGGCGAUCAGGAUCAGAAGGCCUACAUCACACACUUUCAGAAGGAAGAUAUGGAAGGAAAGGAGUAACAGAGCCUCUGAGGCAACCCAGAAAGGCCAAGGCUGUGUGGCAGGAAGCCUGGCUGAAGGAGCCUGGUGACCCUGGGCUCUGGGUGGGAGGCUGGGGG